AUGGAUCAGGAUAACCAGACCUCAAAAGUGACAGAAUUUGUUCUGUUGGGUCUCUCCCAACAUCCCAACUUGAAUUUAACUCUCUUCCUGUUUUUUCUCACUAUCUAUACCACAACCUGGCUUGGAAACCUCACCAUCAUCACCACAGUGGUCUCCAUGCCACAGCUUCACACACCCAUGUAUUUCUUCUUGGCUAAUCUAGCUGUCAUAGACAUCAGUGAUUCCACAGUCACUUCACUCAGGAUGUUGAGAAGUCUUCUCUCAAACUCAAAUAUUAUCUCCUACAACUGGUGCAUUACCCAAAUUUUCUUUUUCCAUUUCACUGCUUCUUCUGUGGAUUUUCUCCUAGUAGUGAUGGCUGUUGAUCGGUACAUAGCUAUCUAUAAACCACUGCAGUACUUACUUAUUAUGAACCAAAGGGUUUGUAUAUGUUUGGUAGCAGGAGCAUGGCUAGGUGGAUUUGUACACUCCAUUAUCCAGAUUGGAGUUCUUAUUCAACUGCCUUUCUGUGGUCCCAAUAUAUUGAACAAUUUUUUCUGUGACAUACCCCAAGUCAUUAAAUUGGCUUGUGCAGACACAUACAUCACAGAGGUGCUGAUGGUUUGUAACAGUGGACUAAUUGUUGCGGUAAUGUUCUUCGUCUUACUUGUAUCUUAUACUAUUAUUUUGGUCAAGAUUAGAACCUAUGUCAUAGAAGGAAAACACAAAGCACUUUCAACAUGCGCUGCACAGAUAGUGGUGCUGACAUUAAACUUUGGACCAGCAAUAUUCAUCUAUGACCGGCCUUUUAAGACCUUUCCAGGAGACAAAAUCGUUUCCAUGAUGUACACUCUCAUCACUCCAAUGUUGAACCCUAUGAUCUUUACUCUGAGAAAUACAGAAAUGAAAAAUGCUAUUAGGAAACUAAGAAGAAAAAUUCUGCAUUCAAAAAGUAGUAUCUUCAUUUGA